AAUCUUCUCUCAAUCUCUUUCUCAAUCGGCUCUUAAUCUCGCUCAUUUAAAUUUCAAUCUCUGCACCUCUAUACAUCUUCAAAAUGUCUUGCUUUUUCAUCCUCUUCUUUGUUACAUUUUUCUGUACUACAUCCUCCUGCAUUUCUUAUAAUGCAACCGUCUCAUUGGACGGGAAGGGAGAUUAUACAACAAUCGGUGCCGCUAUAGCAGCGGCACCGAAUAACAGUGACUCCAGGUUUAUCAUUCAUGUUAAACCUGGAAUGUAUUUUGAAUAUAUAAAAAUCGAAUCGUCGAAAACCUUCAUUACAUUAAAGGGCGACGAUGCGUCUACCACAACUAUAGUGGGUAACAGGAGCCAGGCCACUGGCUUUGGAACUUCGGAUUCAGCCACAUUCGUUGUGGGUGCGAACAACUUCAUAGCUAAAUCCAUUACGUUUUCAAACUCUGCUGGAGCUGGACCUAAACACGGCCAAGCAAUUGCUCUUCUAAAUAGUAAUAAUGUAAAUUAUACCGUAUUCUACAAGUGCGUGUUUCUUGGCUAUCAAGACACUCUAUAUAAAUGGGAAGAGGUUGUUUUUCAAAGAUUGUGA